AUGAUGGCAAGCCGCGUGCUCACCGACCCGUCGCUACUCCGGCUCCUCCUCGCGUAUCAAGAGGGGCUCUAUGAGGAUGUACGGGAUCGACUGGCCGACGCCAUGUACCACGUGCGCCUUGACGACGACGGGCGCUACUACCACCUGUCCAAUGUUGUCGAGCCCGUCUCGACCACACGAACGCUCUUCUUGUCGCUGCCAGCGUACGACUUUCGCCUCCCAUUGCAUUGGACCAUCGUCGAAAGUCGACUGCGCCUCCUUACGCGCAUUGCCGCGUGUCGACCGCAGCUGUUCACGCGCGAUGCACUGUACUGCGCUGUGGCCAGCGGCGACAUGGCCAUCGUCGCCUACUUGUGCUCGUUGGAUCUCGCGCCAGGACGUCUCACGGAGCCGCUCCUCGAUCUGGCUGUGUCCCACGGCAGCAUUGCGCUGCUGGAUCAGCUGGUCGAUGCUGGCUUCAGCCGCGCGAGUCCGCGCGCAGCUGCGCUCGCCGCCGAGCUCGGCCACAAGGACGUGCUCGAGUACCUCGCGUCUCGAUCAUGCGAUGUCACCCAAGCGGUGGCUACUGCUGCUGCGCGCGGCUUUUUCGAUAUCCUCGUCUCGUUGCACGCUUGUGGCAUCCGUGGUACGUCGCCGGCCGUCGUCGAUGGCGCCGCCAUGCACGGCCACGCCAACGUCGUGGCGUAUCUGCUUCAGAACGGCGGAUACACGAAUUCGGCGACGGCAUGGACGCUGGCCGCCAACGACGGCCACUUGCGCGUACUUCAGCAGUUGCAUCACCAUGACGCGCCCCACUGCUCGAGUAACGCGAUGGACUAUGCAGCAACCGAAGGCCACUUGGAGGUGGUCAUGUUCCUGCAUUCGCACCGCGACGAAGGCGCAACAACGGACGCGAUCGACGGUGCGAGCGCCAACGGACACCUCGCCGUGGUGCAGUACCUCUGCGCCAACCGCACGGAAGGCUGGACCCACCGCGCGCUGGACGACGCCGCCGGUGGUGGCCACCUCGAGGUCGUGGGCUUUCUCCUGCAGUGGGAACCUCCGGCCGUUAGUCAGCGCGCCGUGACGCAGGCGGCUGCCAACGGCCAUGCAAUCGUGCUGCGGCACCUUCUUGCUGCACCGCUGCAAGGUGUCUCUGCAACAGUGGCGGCUGCCUGUGCUGCGGCCGAGCAUGGUCACCUCGACGCGCUUCAAGUACUCUACGCAUAUCGGCAGUCUGGCUGGAAUUCCAGCGUGUGGUUUGCGGCCUUUGCCCAUCACGACGUGCUGGCCUUCUUGUUGACGCACGCACCCGAGUGCGUCGACGCCGACGCGUCACUGGUGCCAAAAACGCUCUCAAUGCCGGUUGCGCGGUUGCUGCAGAGUGCUUUCGGGCACCAGCUCCAACUCAACUUGCGUCAGGACUACGUGGGCGUGCUGGCUAUCUUCCCGAGCUAUCCAUGGUGCGAGACGACGAUGCGCGAGGCGAUUCGCAGUAGCAAUGUUGCCAUGGUGCGCUACCUGCACGAGCACUACCACGACGACGUGUGCGACAGCGAUCGUCUGGCAACAGCAGCGUCCGUUCCCGGCAACACGGAUGUAUUCUUGUACCUCCUCCAGCACUGCGUACGUGCGACGACCUCGGAGGCCGUGUGGAUCGAGGCAGCGCGUUAUAGCAACCUCGCCAUCCUCGAAGCGUUGCAUGCAAACCAGUGCGUUGGCGCCACACCGGCCGUGAUGGACGAGGCCGCCCGCGUCGGCGCCGUUGACGUGCUUCGGUUUCUGCACACCCACCGGCGCGAAGGCUGCUCGACGCGCGCCAUGUUUGAUGCGAUCACGUACGGCCACUGGCGUGUCGUGGCGUUUCUGUGUCGAUUUGGCGAGCGCGGCGUGUCGAACGAAGCCAGUUGCCGCAACAUGGAGAUCGCGAUCGAAGCGUUCGAUCCCGAGUGGACGGAAGCGCGCUUGGACGACGUGCUCCCGCUCUUGCAGAAACGCCUCGCCGCGCUCCGACCAUCGUGAUAUGCUCAGCUCAAAGCAGACGAUGGUCAGAGCGCAAGACAAAUCGCCGAGCGCAUCGAGUGAAAUCAUAACUACACACUGUCGAAUGCUGUCAUUGACUAGCGACUAAUACCAUCUGAAGAAUAGUUAUACCUCCAAACCUACCCCACCA